GCGGAAGGAUACAAGCAGUAAUGCGGCCUCAAGGUGCGUGACAUAAGGUCACUUGUCAUAGUAGUAUCAUCUCCACAGGUAAUGGUGUAACGGAGCUCCAAAUUCAAAACAUCGGUCGGCCUGCGAUUGUCACCGGGAUAAAAGGAUAACACAAAUGCACUGGAAAUUACUUCUUGGUGAUCUGAAUGUGGAAUAAUAUACUUGUCAAUCGCUUAAUAAGUUGUUCUCAAGAGCUGGCACCUGUAUUGUCUACUGGCUACAGUCGUUAUUCGAAUGUAAACAACGGCAGAGAAACAGGGGAGGAAACUAUGCGUUUUUAUCACGUUAGUCGGAUUAACCACUGUUGAGACAGCUAAAAAUGUAGCAGCAUGGAGUAUUUUGAGAGAUCGUCUUAGUGGCAAACUUUAAAAGACACUGUCUAGGAAAAUGGCUGCCGUCUCAAACUUUAUGGCUUCGGCCUUAGUCACUUGGGUGAAAACAUUCCAGCAGGAAGGAGACAGGGAGCUGGAAUAUCAAGACUUCUGUGAUGGAAUAUUUCUCAAUGAAGUCAUGCAACACAUUGAUCCCCGUCCCAACACAGAGAAGUACAGUAUAUCCCGUCCAGUUGAAGAUGUGGCUGGAAGACUUCAGAACUGGGACAUUUUGGUGAAGGCUCUCAAAUCCUACUACCAGGAUGUCCUGCAGCAACUGGUUGUUAUGGAAGCUCCAAAUAUUCUCCUAAUCUGCAGAGAACCAGAUACAGAGGCCAGUGUCAAUGAGCUCCAGAAAGCACUAUUGAUGAUUCUCGGCUGUGCUGUCCAGUGCGAACAGAAGGAAGAUUUUAUUGAGAUCAUCAAGUCCCUGGACAUAGAAGUCCAACAUGCCAUGGUUGUUCACAUCAAAGAGAUCACAGAUGAUACAGACAACAUCCUGCCCAUUGAAAUCCUGCCAGAUGAGACGGAAGGCAUGGCCAGAUCUGUCCAAGUCUAUCUACAAAGACUCAUUGAUGAAAGGGACCAAUAUUUCAAGGAUCUGGCCAAGGCAACAAUAGAAAACGAUUAUUUCCAGUCACAGUUAGAGAAUGCCAAAUUGAGCAAUGCCCCCUCCUCCCCUGCCACCCCAGAGAAACAUCACCUGGGUGUGGAGCUGGCAGAAAGCAAGGCAAAGUUGAGGAGACUCAGGCAGGAGCUGGAAGAAAAAAAUGAAUUGGUUUCCGAGCUGAAAGAUGAGCUUGAGGAGAACAAGGGUGUCCUCUCCAAACUAAGAAAUGAGAAUCUUCAGCUGACCCAAGAUGCUCGUGCUGCCAGAACAUACAGAGAUGAAGUGGAUGUCCUUAGAGAAAAGGCCAGCCGAGUGGAGAAAUGCGAUGCUGAGAUCAACCGUUACAAAGAGAAGCUGAAUGAGCUUGAGUUCUACAAGGCCAGGGUGGAUGAGUUGAGAGAGGACAAUAAGAUCUUGGUGGAGACCAAGGCCAUGUUGGAGGAACAGCUGUCCAGCAGUCACAGGAGGGUGGAGACAGUUAUAGAACUGGAGAAUGAGCUGAUGAGAUAUAAGCAGAGAGUGGAGGAACUAUACACUGAAAGAGAUGAAGACAAAAGAAGAUGCCAGGAACUGGCAGAAGAGAAUGCUCGUUUGGAAUUUGAGAAAAAGAGCAGCAUGAAUGAAAGUGCAAACUUGGAACAGGAAUUAAGUCAAGCCAGAGCAGAGAUUACCACAGGUCUGUCCAGCACCCUGUCAGACCAGAUGAAUGAUACAGCCAAUUCUAAGAUAUUGCGCCUGGAGUUGGAGAACCAGAGGCUCAAGCAGCAGGUGGAGGAACUGAAGCAGAAAACCAUGGUGGAAAACUUUGACCAAAUUCUUGAGCUGGAGAAGGAGAAUGGACGACUGCAGAAGAGGGUGGACAAAUUGCAAGAGGCCUAUGGAAGAGAGUCUAAAACUAUUAAAGAGCUCGAACAAGCUGCUAUUGAACUAAGAAGAGAAAAGGAAGAACUAAAACGGAAUGUGGAGAAUGUGAAAGUAUCAUCGGACAGGCAGAUCAAGGAGUUGCAAAAAGAGAAUGAGCAACUGACACAGAGUGUAUCCACUCUCCGAGAACGGUGUGAAAAAUCAGGAGACGUGAGAGUGAAAGACAUUGAGAAAGAAAAUGAGAGAAUGCACAGGAAUAAAAAAGAAAUGACCACAUAUAUAACAAGAUUGGAAUAUGACAAUAGACAUCUGCAGCAAAAUAUUGCCAAGCUGAAAGAUAAAGUUGACAGGGCGGAGCAAGUUCAGGAGGACAACACAGCCCUGAACAAGCAAAACAAAGACCUGCACAAAACUGUGGCCACCCUGACCCUCAGUGUGGACAAGAUGGACACUCUGGAUCUUAAUGUCUCCGAUUUAAGUGUUGAGAAUCGCAGGUUGGAAAUUGUCAUACAGGAUUUGAAAAAAGAGGUGAAGAAAAUGGAGAAAGUUGAGAAAGAAAAUCUGGACUUGACAGUUGAAAAUAAGCGAUUGCAGCGUACUGUUGAUCUCAUGAGAAAUUCCAGGUCAAAGGUCGUGACACCUUCUGACAGCAGUGAGGGACCAGUAAGUCCAAGGGAAGUUUUCUUGCAAUCACCAGUGCCUCCAUCCCCUCAGCCAUCUGCUCAGGAAGAAGAACUGAAAAGUCGGCUUGAUGAAAAAGAAAAAGAAAUUGGAGAGUUAAAAGGUUUUCUCGAAGCUGUUAAGACUAACAAAGCAAAGUAUGACCAGUUAGAGGUAGAUUUGUUGGAUUUAGACACAGAAAACCAAAAAUUACAGAAAUCUCUAGAAGCAGCCAAUGGGACAAUGGAAGAACUUAGGAAAGAGGUAACAGACUUAGAAAAUGAAAAUCAGAAAUUGCACAAGACCAUUGAAACAUUGAGAGUUUCAGUCAAAAAACUUGAAGCACUAGAAAAAGAUAACAGAGAUCUCGAAACGGAAAAUAAAGAUAUGAGUCGAGAAAGUGCAAAUGUGGAAAAAGAAAACAAGCGACUCCGACAGACAUUAGGCAUGAAAGAAAACCUCGUGGACGAAUUAAGCGGUAAACUGAGUGAGGUUGAAAGAGAAAAUAAAAGUUUGAAGAAGAAUAUGGACAGGUCCCGAGAAUCUUCAAGCAGAGUGAAGGAGCUUGAGAAAGAAAACAUGGACAUGCUUCAACAAGCCACCAUGGACAAGAAGACUCUGGCCACUUUGAGAGAGGACUUGGUCAAUGAAAAGAUCAAGACUCAGCAGUUGAGCAAUGAACUGGAGAAGCUGAGGCAGGAACUAGAGAGAAUUGGGAUCAGCAAGGAGAAGCUACUCAUGGCUGAGCAGGCUCAGGAUGAGAGCAAGUACAAGGCCCUGGAAAGUAUGAUGGAGGAUGCUUUGAAGCAAAGUUCUCAAAUAAAAGAAGAGAAGAUCCAGGCUUUAGAGAGCAGGCUUGAAGAAUCUAAGAAUCGUAACAGAAAGCUCCAAGAAGAAUUGAAAGCCGUUAGAAAGGAAAGUGAGGCUUUAAAACAAAGAUUGGAAGAAGAAAGUGCUUUGCCAGAAGAAAGGAUGCCUGUUAAAAACAAGUCUCUCAGUUUGGAACGUGCACAAGUGAGUGCCACCAAAGAAAUCCUGCAAUUGAAAGAUCACCUAGUGGAAGUUGAGAGAGCAAAUGCCACUCUAAUAGCAGAGAACAAGAACAUGAAAGUUCAAACCAAAAGUGUUCAGGACAGGUUACAUCAGAUGGAAUCCCAGAAUUCCAGUCUGCAAUCCCAGGUUGCAUCACUUCAGCAACAGAGCAGUGGAAUGCAGAGUGAGAAUGCCAAGUUACAGGUUGAAGCUACCACCCUUCAGUCUCAGAGUGCCUCCCUGAUGCUCCAGAACACCACUCUUCAGAACCAGUACUCCACGCUGGAAGCCGACCAUCAGCAGCUACGCUCAGACAUGGAUGAGCUUCAAAAUGCUCACGAGCAACUAGUUAUGGACCAUGAGGCACUUCAGCAGCUUCACGAGCAGCUCACAACGGAGUACGAGGCUCUGAUUUCAGAACAUGGCUCUCUGAAGUCAAACCACAAGGCUUUGAGGGCUGAGUUCCAGGAGCUGAGUAAAUUACAGGAGUCUCUGGUCGCUGAAAAAGCACAGGUCGAGGAACUGAAGCAAAAACUACAGAAGGAGAAGGAUGAAGUGCAGUCGGAGCACAAGUCACUCGGUGGCUUGGAGUCGGAGCAUAGGAACUUGAAACAAGAGCACGAGAGACUGACGAGCUCCAAAGCCCAGGUGGAGAAAGAAUACCACAGUGUGCUGGCAGAGUACAAAUCUGUGAAGACGGAAUACAACCAGCUGAAAUUGAAGCACACAGAGCUCCAAGGGGAUAUGGCAGACUGCAAAGACCAACUGAAUGCUAUGGAUGUGGAGGUGUCCAAAAUGGCGAACAGAUGUGAGGCACUGUCUCAUAUGAAUAACAAGCUUGAGGAAGAAAACAAGCAGCUUAUAUCCCAGGUACAGCAGUUAAUCCAGCAAAAUCAAGACCUGCUGAUGCAGACUUUGGAAAGCAAAGAGCACUUCCAUGAAGAAUCCAGAUUAUAUAUGGGGCAGCUUUCUGAUCUUCGAAGGCAGAAGGAGAAGCUGGAAGAGAAAAUAAUGGAACAGUAUAAAAACUAUGAUAGGUCACCCAAGAACAAAAGCAAAACAGAGCCUGUGAAGAAUAGAGGGUUUGGAGCUCAACUUGUAAGAAAGGCAAGAGGUUUCAUCUCAAGGAGGAAGAGAGAAAAUGAGAGAGGUGAACGUCCAAGAUCAGCAAUCAUAGAACAUGGUGGUCACCAUGGUGACAGCCCAGGUGACAACUCCUCCCUGGGUUCAUUUGGUGACUCCAUAGAUGGCGCUGAAGUAACUCUUGUAGGGAUCAGGAAAACAGCAGCAGAAGAUGGCUACAUGCAACAGAAGAUGCGUGACUGGGAGAGUGCAAAAUUGUCCAAGCAUUCACGCAACCUUGCAAAAAGCACUACAGCUCUUAAUUAUGAAAAUUACAAUGGUCAAUUCACUAUGAGAGGCUCUAAAUCCUCCGAGGAUUUGUUGAACAUCGACACUCCUCGCAGUGCCCGGAGCGAUGGCGUCCAGGCCGAUGUCGAAUCACUGUCUUCUAGUAAUGCUUCUUGGCAUUUCUUAACACAACCUAGGAAUAAAAAGAAAGGCCCCAGACACAGGAAAAGAAUGACACUGGCAGGAAUCUUCUAUCCAUACACAGGAGCCUAUGAAUUGCCAAGCAACCAAAACAAUUUGUCUUCACAUGGCCACCCUGGAACCCCAGGCAGAGGGAGACAAGGCAGUAUUAGCUCAGAAGAUAACAUUCCAACACGUGACAUGGGCCUGCACUCUGGAGAGCCGCCCUUGGACAGCAGUCUACAGACUAAGUAUGGACAGAGGCAGCCUGCAUGGGAAGCAUCAGACAGCCCACACAACUCUCCUAGAAUCCACGAGAGAGAUGAAUCUCCAGGAAAUGAAGAGAUCACCCUGGAGCAGUUCUUGGAAGAAGCUAACAGAAAUACCCCACCAACUUUGGGUUUGGAGGACACAAGAGGCAAAGACAAGAAGAAAAUGAACAAUGACUAUCAACAAGAACACGAGAAAGUCAUAAACAGACCAACUCCAUUACGACCGAGCCCUAGGGAAGAUCCCUCAGUGAAGAGAUUCUCUAGCCAUAUGCCAGAUUUACAACAUGGUGGUCACAAAGUCCCACUUAAUAUCUCCAAAAAUUCUUUUGUUUCAAUGCCAAACUUAAACGAUUCUGAGGAUAGCCCAAGAGAAAAUAUGACUCCUAAUAAAUAUGGAGAAAAUAAGACAUCAACUCCAACGGGGCCAAGUUAUCCGAAUUAUAGUACACCAUUUAUUAUCAGGUCAUUUGCAGACAGGCAAAAGAAUACAACAGACCAUGAACCUAAUACUUCAGUUGCUGUAAAAGACAGAGUCUCCCAGUAUAACAAACUAGACCAAGGGUCCCCAUCUAAUUUCCCACAGAGGGGACGGACUGUUAGUGCAGAGAAACAGGCUGCGGAAAGAUUAGAUAGACUGACAACUCAAACCUAUGGGAUGAAUCUAAAUGAAAAUAACAGAGGAUACAAGGAUGACCUUUCUCUUUCAAGUAGUCAGAAAUCUACCGAAUAUGAAGCUGAUGUAGGUUCAAGAGGCAGAGGGUAUCCCAAUGGAGGUUCUGACACGAGGAGUUACUCCACUUCUAGCGAUCAAAGUAAUGACUCACGUGGCUACGUUGACUUUGGGAAAAGUGGACCAGAUGGCGGUAAAUCAAAUGUACCAGUGGCGCCACCACGUCGCCUCAGAGAUGGAAUGUCUCCGCGUAGGGAAAAACAACGGGCACCGUCUCCACCCCGCCCUGCUAACUCUUCUGUGAAGAGAAGAGCUCCUUCUCCACCAGUGAAACAACCAAGUGAUAUGUCAUCCCCAAGGCCUGAGUCAACACCUGGCACUCAAAGUGCUGCCAGUAUGCUUGGGAUCCGUACCCAACACUCACACAUGCACCCGCACGGUUGCAAAAGUGAUUGCUAUCUUACGCCCUAUGUUCGUAUGACUGGGUUCAAAUCUAACACCGAUAAUGACAGAAAAAACGGUAGUGAAACUACUUCCCCUAGGACUCCCACAACCAGUGCCAACACUGGACAGACACCCGGGAAAGAUACCACUUCUCCCGAGGGGAAGAGUUCCGUGUGGUAUGAAUAUGGAUGUGUUUGAGUUGUGAUCUUUCUAGCGGAAUAGUUAAAAUUGAGUGGAUUUCUUUGAAAUUUUAUCAGACCCUUGUGAGUUGACAUACAUACUGUAUAUGUGGGUGUGUGUGUGUCACAUGAUGUUUCAACGUUGUGUAUUUAUUUAGUCUUUCAUCUGCUCAAUUUCUAAAUAGACCAAUGUAUGGUAAAAUCUCUAAGUUGAUCAUGUUUAUUAUUGCUGUAUAUUAGAUCGUUCAGCAUCUUAAACAGAACUGAUGUUUGUCAUUUUGCUUUUGCUUUGAACAUAACAGCAUUUGUGAUAGUGUUAGUUUGGGCAAAGUACUUUGUUAGAAUUAGUAGGUCAGACCUUGUCACAAUUCAGUAGGUCACCUUAUAUAGUUCAUACCAAUCUAAAAUGAGUAUGAAAUACAAGCUGCCAAAAGCUGUUUAUACAGGCCUUUUUACAUUAGAAUGUUAGUCAGACAAAUAUGGGAACAAGUGUUUAGACGGAUAAGAAAGAAUUUCUGUUACGGUUAUAAUUGAAGGUUUGUGCAGUGUAUUUAUUACUAAUAUAAACAACGAUUUUAUUUGAAAGUGUAAAUAUUGUUUUAAUAUAUUUUAAACAAUGCAUUUGAGUACAACAUAAUUUACAUUACCUUCUGUAAGCAUUUAUGGGUUGAUUUUGCUUUGUGAAAUGCCAGCACAACAGAUAGAAGUAUUAUCUUGUUUAUUGAUUGCAAGCUUUGUUUAUAUUUUUUGUUGUGAUCUCACUCCAAUGCUGCCAUCUUGUGUUAACUGACAUAUAUAAAAUCAGUUUUAGAAGUUUGCAUUUCUGUUCCCAUAAAUUAAAUGUAAAGACCAUUAGCAAUUAAGGGGAUAAAAGGAUUCCCAUUAUAUCAGUGUUUAUGUAGAUAUUCCAAUCUGCAUUUUCUGAACUAAAGAGCUGAUGGCGGUUUUUCUCUGCACAGAUUUAUUAAUAAUCUCAGUGCAUUAGACAACAUUUGUAUACAUAUUGUCCACUUUUGUGCAAACAUUAAAAUGUAUACUUUUAUUGAAUGA